CACCUCCUGCGCGAGCCAGUCCGACGUUACCUCUGCAGCGGAAAACGCAAUGGAGCCCUGAAUAUUUGUCAAUUCUAUCUCAUUUUACCACAGGAAAACCGUCCUUUCAUCCGAAAUACUGCUUCAUCUGCUAUUUAUUUGAGGCUGAACAGGGCGGUGCAACAAUGUGGAUCCAGGUUCGCACUAUAGACGGAAAGGAGACGCGAACCGUGGAGGAUCUUUCUAGAUUGACCAAAAUUGAGUCUUUACGGGCGAAAAUACAGGACAUCUUCAGUGUAAGCCCACAACAGCAGCGCCUAUUCUAUCGAGGAAAGCAGAUGGAAGAUGGACAGACACUGUUUGACUACAACGUGGGACUCAAUGAUAUCAUCCAGCUGCUGAUUCGCUCACAGACCGACCCUCCGGACGCCACCAAGGACUCCUCUGGUGUGGCCUGUAGUUCAGACCCCCCCUCUGACGCCAGGUCAGAAAGCCACAACUCCCCGACCCCCGCUUGCCCCGCUGCUAUGGAAACCUCCACCAAUAUAGACAAUGACAGUAGCAGCAUCACUACCAGCACUGUUAACGAAACCAAGCCGGACACCAGCGCUACCAGUACCAAAAAUGGGUUCAAGUCCUCGACUCCCGCGCCGGACACCCAACCGCCCACAUCCAGCAGAAACACACUAGUCGACAGAGGAAUUGGUGUGUACAAGAUUAAUGAGCUGGUGGACUGCAGGGACGUCAGCAUUGGUGCCUGGUUCGAAGCCUGCCUCGAAAAUGUGACACGCGUUCCAAAAGGACAGAUAACGCCCACGAAGGGAAAGGUGGGUCGGCCACCAAAAAGGACUAAUGGAAAGCUGGAGGCCGAUCCGGGACAGGCCCACAGCCAGGGCCAAGCCACAGACAGUCACAGGAAUAAUGUUGUGUUAAGCCCUGAGAGUAAAGGAGCCUCCACCUCUCAAACGGACUCUACAGCAGCGACAGAGACCAAGGAGAGAGAAGAGGACGUCAUUUACCACAUUAAAUAUGACGACUACCCAGAGAACGGUGUGGUGGAGAUGCGACCGGUGGAUGUGAGACCACGCGCCAGGACCCUUCUGCGGUGGGAUGACCUCCAGGUGGGCAUGCGUGUGAUGGUCAACUACAAUAUGGAGACGCCAGAGGAGAGGGGCUUCUGGUUUGACGCCGAGGUUCAGACCCUCAACCAACCUUCCCGCACCAACAAGGAGCUCAGAGUCAAGAUCCUCCUGGGGGGUCCUGGAGACCUCAUCGGGGAUUGUAAAGUUCAUUUUCUGGAUGAAAUUUACCAGGUGGAGACCCCAGGAGCUCGUGCCCUCUCAGCUUCAGAUGGACAAUUUAAAAGGAAGAGCGGGCCCGAGUGUAAGCACUGCAAGGCUGACCCUGAAGCAGAGUGUCGCUUCUGCUCCUGCUGUGUGUGUGGCGGGAAGCAGGAUGCUCACAUGCAGCUGCUGUGUGACGAGUGUAACAUGGCGUUCCACAUCUACUGCCUCAACCCGCCGCUGGCCACCAUCCCAGAUGAUGAGGACUGGUACUGUCCCACCUGUAAGAACGACACCAGUGAGGUUGUGAAGGCAGGAGAGAAGCUCAAAGCCAGCAAGAAGAAAGCCAAGAUGCCUUCAGCAACAACUGAGAGUCAAAGGGACUGGGGAAAGGGUAUGGCCUGUGUGGGGCGCACCAAGGAAUGCACAAUUGUUCCAUCCAACCACUAUGGACCCAUUCCCGGCGUUCCUGUUGGAACCACCUGGAAAUUCAGAGUUCAGGUGAGUGAGGCAGGAGUUCACAGGCCGCAUGUUGGCGGUAUCCACGGGCGCAGUAACGAUGGCUCUUAUUCGCUGGUGUUGGCCGGGGGCUUUGAGGACGAAGUGGAUCGGGGAGAUGAGUUCACCUACACAGGCAGUGGGGGUCGUGACCUCUCAGGAAACAAACGGAUCGGAGAGCACUCGUUUGACCAGACCCUGACACACAUGAACAGAGCGUUGGCCUCAAACUGCGAUGCACCUCUGAAUGACAAAGACGGGGCGGAGUCCAGGAACUGGCGGGCUGGGAAGCCGGUGAGAGUGGUGCGCAGUUCCAAAGGUCGACGCAUCAGCAAAUACGCUCCUGAGGAGGGAAACCGCUAUGAUGGUAUUUACAAGGUGGUUAAGUACUGGCCAGAGAUUGGAAAGUGCGGUUACCUCGUGUGGCGGUACCUUCUGAGACGGGACGAUCUAGAACCAGCACCGUGGACACCUGAAGGACUGGAGAGGAUCAAAAAACUGGAUCUUUGUGUUCAGUACCCGCCCGGCUACUUGGCGGCCAUGGCUAACAAAACAAAGAAGGAGGCCGGUGCCCGGCCUGGUCGCGGUGGCCGGUCUAAGCACUCCCCUGGGAGGGGGAGGCCACGGAGACGCAAGCUCAAGGACAAAGAAGAGUACGACGAGGAAGAUGAAGACGAGCAGCCCAUGACAAGUGUGGAAGAAGAGGACCCACAGAGUAAUGGAGAGCAGAACACAACCAGAGAGAGCGAGUCGUCACCAGCGGCAGAGCCUCCCUCUAAAAGGGUGAAGAUAGAGGAGACGUUCAAGCUGUCGGAGCAGCAGCAGCAGUUGAUCCGGGAGGACACAGCCAACAAGAAGCUCUGGGAUGAAGCCAUGGGAUACCUUAAAGAGGGACAAAAUUUCCUGCAGAAGAUGGAGCCGCUCUUUAUGUGCGUGUGCUGCCAGGAGCUGGCCUUCAAACCCGUCACCACCGCCUGCUCACACAAUGUCUGCAAGACUUGUCUACAGCGGUCGUUCCGAGCACAGGUGUUCACCUGCCCCGCCUGCCGUCACGACUUGGGCAAAGACUACGCCAUGUCCCAAAACGGGACGCUCCAGGUGCUGCUGGACCAGUUCUAUCCCGGCUACAGCAAGGGCCGAUGAGGGAGAAAUCACAUUCAUAAGCAGACCACGUACACACACACACACACACACGCACACACACACGCACAUGAGCAUCCAUUCUGUGCACCCGCGUAUACCGUCAAGUGACUAGAGCUCCACUUUGAAAUGCAUUGCGCACACAUCCUGUACUUACCCACGGGCAAAUGUAUAUUGCAUAUACAGCCAUUUAUGUACACAAUCAUUCAUACACAAACAACCUCAGUAGGAACUGACCUCAUCUGUUAAACCGAGACUGUCUCCAUCACCAGCCUGAAAUUCAACCAAGAACAUUUAUUAUCUGCGCUACUCCUGAACCCCAGAAACGCACACAAACGCACAAAAGGAGCCCCGAUUCACACCCACUAGCCACCUGAAGAUGAGCUUGCUUCUCUUGGUUUCCCCUCCACUGUGUUCUUCACUGGUUCUAUUCAUUGACAUACGGCACUUUGUCUGAGUGCAAAUUCUUUCCUGGGAAUAUCAUGAAAUCAGCCUCGCUCCUGCCAACCUAGAAGCAUUUUUGUGUGCCAUGUAUGUAUUUACACCGUCUAAAAAAUUAUCUUAGCUGCUUUAUAUAAGUGCAGUAUCUAACUCAAAUUAUGUUGCUCAUUUAAUACAGCGAUUUAGAUACAACGGGACAUAACACUCCCUGCACAUUAUUCAGAAUGAGCCACGAGGUCAUGGGAGUUGGCCUUAAAUGCUAAAAGUUAAAAGUAGGAAAGUGCACACUGUUUUUUAAAAAACUUUUACGCACUUAUGCAGGUUUAUCUGGUGCACAUGCUAGCAUUCUGCUAGCUGCUAAUGUCCCGUGGAAUAAUGGGAUUGUUACACCUUAGAAUAGCUCAUGUCUUGCAGCAAUGAUCAACAGGCACAACUCUCCCAGAUUGUAUGUGGAGUCAAAUCUUCAUAAACAUACCAAAGACAUGAGGCUGUAGAGCAGGUCACAGGCAAAUAUCUUGAAAAUCUUCUUAAAAUAAAGUGAUGAGUAAUCACGCCUAAAAUUAAACCAUUCCAAAUGAUCAUCCUUCUUUGGCAAGGCACUUUUUUGUUUCCAUUUCUAAGCAGGCAGAAUACAUUCAAGAUGAACAAACACAGAUACCUCUCGUAAACCUCUUGACACUAUUCAAAUGAUAUAGGAAAAAUAUUGAAUUCCUAUUCAUUUGUUGAAUAGAAAAUACUCAGAAAUACUCCAACGAUGUCAUGGAAAAUGAAGGUGUACAUGCAGAUCACCUGCGAUGUGUUUGUUCUCGUAACACUGUGGGCUUCGCUGGUGUUACCAAGCAACCACAAUCAAGCAGCACUUCCCACAAAGAUGGUUGGCAUAUUUUGUGCUCAGCAGAUAUUCAUCUCUGCAAGACGAUCUGCUUCUCCUUUGUUUUUAAACAUUAGUCUGAUGAGUGAUUGCCUCACAGUGAGUUAUUUGUUGUUAAGUAAAGGCCCCUGACUUCUAUUCCCUGACAGAGAGUUUUCCAACCGACAUGAUAGUGAUGUGGAGUCACACCAUCAGAGGCUCAGAGGCCAAUAUGUGCAGUGGUUCCCCCAUUAUACAGGUUACUAUAGAAGCUUGAUAGAAAUACACUGUGUGACCACUCUUCUGUUGGUCCACCUGUAGGGUCGGAGUGCCAGACUAUCAAAAGAUGUGAAGCAGCAAAAGGUUGCAUUGGAUACACUCACAUUUUUAUUGAUAAUUUUAUUUCAGCAAAGAUCUUGUAGGGUUGCUUGUAUUUCGAUCACGUUUAAUAGUUGAGAAAUUCUUUUGUUAAAUGGGGAAAAAAGGUUGAUAUUCCUCAAAGUUGAGUAUCAAAAAGGUUUCGUUCGUACUUCAAAUUCGACACUAGGACUGAAAAAUGGAAACAAUACCCAUCCCAACAUGGCACUUUUCAAUAUUAUUACAGGUUUUCAAUAGUGCAUAUUGGAGUUCAUGUUUCAUAGACACUGGUGUAGAGGAAAAGGACACAGUAGUUUUGUGAAUACCCUAUUGGAUGUUUCAAUGGGUAAUAAGUUUCAGUACACUUGCACACAACAUAACACUGAAUAUAUGAACUAGAAGAGCACUUGGAGAGCACAGACGGGGCGAAGUUCUCAGAUAAAUGCCCCGUCGGAUAUUAAAACACAUUUGGGGGGACUUGAUGACAGAAAGAGUAACUUUUAUUCUUAAAUACUGAUGAAUAAAAAAAGUGGGCUCCAGCAAAAACGGCACUUUUCUCAUCCAGGGCAAAAGGGCUGGUGCUUGAGCACCACUAGGGCUCUAUCUGUGCACGUGCCUGCUGCUGACAAACAAACCAACAAACUGCACUGAAAACACAAACAAAUAUGGUAGUGUGCCAGAUAAAGUUUAAAUGAUGUCCAUUACUGCACCCUAUAGUUGGAACUUUAAAUCUGAAACGGCAGAAAGUCAGCAAACAUUUUAGAGGAGAUCGGGUCUGAUUGUUGGCUGUGCGAAUAUGUCGAUCUGAAAUACGUAAAUACAGGAGCAGAAUCCUUGACACAGACAGUUGGCUCCAAGGAGAGAGUUUACUCUGUCAUGUGUUUAAUGAUGAUGACACAGAGUAACAGGUAAAAGUAGUCGUCUUGGUCUGGGAUUGUGAUGUUGUUUUUUGUGGUUUGAUGAGUUUUCUGCCCACAAUAGUUGGACAGAGGUGAAUGUUUUCACAUGUCAAUCAUCAGUCAAGUUUAAGAGGGCAAGAUCUGUGUGGAUUCAUCCUAAAAAAGAAGAAGAAAAUCAUCAGGUCUAACAUGAAAAUACAAACGGCAGCUGUGAAUUGGAUACAAACCAAAAGUUAUCCGUAAACACUAUUUUCUAUGCUUAACUUGUAUUAUAAGUUACCAUCCAGUAGAUUCAGCCUCACCAAUGAGAAACUUCCACCUUCAUGUCUUUGAAACGCACUCGGACGCUUCACAUAAAUUGCAUAAAUCAAGAAACUUAACUGUUCGAUCUGACACACCAUCACAUAUAUUAUACAUAUAUAAUAUUACACAGCCCAAGUUAAAAAUGGGCGUUUCUAUCUUCAGCGGCUGACACAGAUUUACAUCUUUUAUAGUGCUGAUACGGUACUAAAAUGUCAUGGGUUGGCAGGUCUGAUAGCACCUAACGCAAAAACAGCAGCACAGUGUCUGCACUGAUCUGGGAUCUGGACUCAGCAGCUAAUGCAUCUGAAAUGGUUUCAACACGUGAGUCGUUCUUGUGGUUAAAUGCAGCCUUCGUUCAUUGACACCCUCCCGUUCACCUGUAACUUUGAGGCGUAGCCAUGUUUAGUUUAGCGCUGACACAAUGACCGACAACAAGCUGCUGCACACAUCAGUAGCUCCGUUGACCUUCAGGUGCCCUUUCAUCGGCCGGCUGUUUCUCUGUUCGUGGUGACGUCUUUGUUUUCUGUUCAAUCAUUCAGGAUUUUGUUCUCUUUUUAUCAACAACAUGCAAGUACAAAUGCUUCUAUGGUCUUUAAAGCUAACUGUGAUGUGCAUUACUUCCACUGUUGGUCAAUCUUGUUCCAAGAUUAUUUUCUCCCUGCGUUGACCAGCAAGCUAAUAAAUAGCCCUUGUUUCUUUCUCUGCUUGCCUCCCUCUCCCCUCUCCCCGCUGUCCUCUGCCCUCCGUGAACCUACAGUACUAACACUUUUUAGACGUCUUGUGGACGCUUGGCUUCAGUGCUGUGUUGUUUUUAUUUUUAUUGCACUCUAUUGAAGAAAAACGUUUGAAAAGUUGCAUUUAAUUUUCCUAGAAUGCUUACUAUUAUCUAUGUCUGUAUGCCAUUUUUCUACCAUUUUAGUUGCUUCUCUUCUAUUUUAAUCAUUAGUCAUUUUUAUGUGGCGACCUCAAACAUUUACAGCAUAUGCCAGUCUGAGGAGUUUCAUUGCUUCAUAUUGUGAUCUGAAAUUUUAUACAUGUCAUAAUACUUGAUAUGUAACUAUUAAAUAUUUGGAUUCCAAAAAAAACCUUC